AUGGAUGCCCAAGGUAGAUCUAGAAUAUUACUAAGCGAUUUUACCAAAGCAGAACAGUUCAAGCGUCCAGGCGGCAGUACAAAAUGUGAGUUAAAUUAUUCUACAUCAUGGAUAAAUGAGAAGGCUACUGAAUUACCCUUGGUUUACCAGUUUCUACAAGUUCAGUCAAAAUUUAAAAAUAAAUGGUUCAAAAACAAAAAAAUGUCAUCAGAACAGCCUUUAAAGAAGAAAGUACGAAGAGGUAAUGAGUUACAAUCUUCUGAUGAAACUGAUUAUAUUCCAAGUGAUUUAUCUUCUUUAAAUUUGUUACAUGUCAAUGAAAAUCAUAUUGCUCUAAAUACAGCAAAUGUCCAGUUUCAUGGUGAAAAACAUCUAUAUCAAAUUAAUAGCAGCAGUGAAGAUGAAAAUAAAAUUGAUGGUAAAAAUAUACUGCCUGAAAUAAUUAAUCAAUUUGUUUCUUCUGGUAAUGUUACCAUUGAACCAGCAUCCAAUAUAACACAAAAAAUUAAAAAAACAUGUUUACCAUUUAAUAUAACAAACACAAACUAUUCUUUAGAAAAUGAUUUGACGGUCGAAGAAAUAUCUUUACAUUCACAUAAUAUAAUUAAGGGAAGCCUAUGCAAUAAUUUGACUUUAUCAUUUUUUCAAAGUCAAAUAAAUAAUCAAUGUCUUUGUGGAGUGCCUGAAAUAAUUAUAAACAAACCACUUGAAUUAUGUAAUGAUUAUAAUUCUGAAUCAAAAACUAUGUUGUCUGAAUGGCCUACUAAAUGUAUCCUUCAAUUAUUAUCAAAUAUGCAACAAAUUUUUAAUGUUUAUUUAAAACAAAACAAUAAAGGAUUAAUAUGUUCUAAAAUUGUAGCAUACUGUGAUACUUUACUUCAAAAUGAAUACAAUAUUAUUGAACAAAUUAUUUCAUUAUGUGAUACAAGAGAUAAAUAUGUAAAUUUUUUGUCAGCAAGGGUAUUAAGCAGCUUAUUAAUUAUAGCAAAAACAAAUACUAAUAAUGAAUGGUUGGAAAUAAUAUUUAAUUAUUUAACAGUAGAAAAUAUUGAUUAUGACAAAAUCAUUUUUGCAUUGGAAGUUAUGAAGCGUGUUGUAGAAUGGAAGGAUAUUGAAAGUCAUGUACUUGAAGAAUCAGACUUUAAACAUUUUCCUGGCUCAAGUAGUAAUCAUAAUAAUAUUGAUUGCCAAAUGGUACCUUUUACAGAUGCAGAGAGUUAUGACACUUCUACAAUAAAAGGUCUUAUAAUAAAAAGUUUGGAAACAAAGUGGCCAGAAUUAAUAAAUAAAAUGUUACUUUUAAUAAACAACAAUUCAUCUGUAGCUGCUCAAACAUGUGUUUUAACAUUUUUGGGCCUAUGGGAAAGUACUAUAUCAGUAAAGGCUAAUUUAAGUAUUGUUGAAACAAAACCUUUUUAUGCCCAUUUGGAGAGUUUUGUGCAAAUAUUAUGUUAUAACUUGCCAUCAGUAAUAUGGAAACAAUUGCUUUCUUUAUUUAAUGAAGUAUUGUGUUAUGGUAGUACUUUGGCUUUACAAGACAUGUUGCCAGAUGACACUUGCCAACUUGCACAUUUAAUUGUUAGAUAUGUUAAAGAUGAUGGACUUCUAUAUAAAUUGCCUUAUAAAAGAGAAGAAGGUUAUACAGUUAAUGGAUUUGUAGGCAUUAUUAAUUGUAAUCAGCCAGAACAAAGUAAUGUGGAUAGAACACUUUUACAGAAAAUGGUUUUACUGGUUUUAAAAUCAGUGGCUGUUAUGAUUAAAGAAAGUAGAUCUGAUAGUUCUGAUUCAAGCAUAGGGUCUGAUGACAAUGAUUUUUACCAAGAUAUGCAGUUGAUAGAGAGAUCCAUUAGGGAUGUGCUUAAAAAACUAAAUAUAUUUAUUAAAAAUAGUUUAGAAUAUCACCCAGAAGCUUCUUUUUCCAAAGUGUUAAUACACUUGUUUAGUGAUCAAGAUGAUUACAUGAUAGAAUCAAUGGUUUGUACAUUAGAUAUUAUUACUGGUAUAUCAUAUGGAAGAAACGCAAUUUUUCCGGAUUUAAUUAUUAUGUUAAAUCCAAUUUAUUCCUUUAUUGAAUUUUUAAAAAUUGUAAAUAACGAUUAUCAUGUUCUUUUGGAUUAUUUAAUCAGCAAUGAAACAUGCUUUUUAUUGUAUUUGUUAAGGUUUUUAAAGUAUACAAAAAAAAAUUGGCCAAAUUUUUUAAGUAGUUGCAGAGAUAAUGCAGAUUCACAAGGUAAUGAAUUGGAUAAUACUAUGACUGUGUUAAUAAGAUUAAAAAUUCAGAUAAGCAGAUUAGUAUCACAAAAUUUAUUUCCUUACAAUAUUAAUCCAGUAUUAAAGCUUUUAGAAAUUUGUGAAAGUUUUGCACCCCCGCAAUCAUCUGCAAUCACUCGCGAUCGCCGGCAUUUAGUUUUAUCUACUUUCGCCCAGUUUCAUCAGCAAACGUCGGCUUUCGUCUGCGAACGCCUGCUUUCACCUGCGUACGUCUGCUUUCACCCGCAAACGUCUGCUUUUACCCGCGAACGCCUGAUUUCAUCCGCGAACGUCUGCUUUCAUACGGUUUCACCCGCAAACGUCUCCUUUCAUCUGCGAACGCCUGCUUCGCUUUGUCUGCGAACGCAAUCAUCUGCAAUCACCCGCGAUCGCCGGCUUAUAGUUUUAUCUACUUUCGCCUGGUUUCAUCCGCAAACGUCGGCUUUCGUCUACUUUCACCUGCGUACGUCUGUUUUUACCCGCAAACGUAUGCUUUUGCCUGUUUUCACCCGCAAACGUCUAGUUUUACCUGCAAACGCCUGCUUUUACCCGCGAACGCCUGAUUUCAUCCGCGAACGUCUGCUUUCAUACUUUUUCACCCGCAAACGUUUGCUUUCACCUGCGAACGCCCGGUUAUACCUGUCUUUCGCCCGGAUAGUGCAACCUCGCAAUCACCCGCGAUCGCCGGCAUUUAGUUUGAUCUACUUUCGCCCGGUUUCAUCCGCAAACGUCGGCUUUCGUCUGCGAACGCCUGCUUUCACCUGCGUACGUUUGUUUUUACCCACAAACGUCUGUUUUUGCUCGUUUUCAACCGUAAACGUCUGCUUUCGUCCGAUUUUAUCCGCCUGCAUUUCGUUUGUCUGUUUUCUUUCGGUUUCAUACACUUUUAUUAUUGAGCGUCUUCUAGAAAAAAAUUUAUAA